AUGAAAGUGAAGGAGAAGAUUCUGCAUGAUUCCCAGGGAGAUGACCUUGCAGCUGAAAAAUUCCAUGUACUCUGCGACUCUAAUCAUUACUUGAGCUCUGCUGGUAUCUAUUAUGACCGUGAACCUUAUGCUAAUAUUGAUGCUGUCCACGUGACUCGCUUUCUAGCGCUAGCUCCAGUUGGAAAUAAAGACAAACAGAAAUUCAUACAUGCACUUUCACCUACUCCUGCAUCCAAAAUGGCCUCCGCUGAGAUCUCCGCGAAACCUCCAAAUACUACUUUAUCUCCAUAUUUAUCGUCUGAUGAAACUGAAUCUGGCAAUGGAGCCAUAAAAAGAUCUGGUGACAAUGAUUCUGAUGCACAGUAUUGGCGGUAUGAUUCUUCUAAGAAAAGGCAGAAACAUGGAGAUGGUGAUGGUGGCGAUAGGUUGUGCUUCAAAUUCAUGUCUUCAGGGUCUUGUCCGAGAGGGGAUAAGUGCCAUUUCCGACAUGAUGCAGAAGCCAGGGAACAAUCUAUUAGGGGUGUGUGUUUUGAGUUUCUAAACAAAGGAAAUUGUGAACGGGGGCCUGAUUGCAAAUUUAAGCAUAGUUUGCAAGAAGAAGGUAGAGGAUUUUCUGGCAGAUCUGGAUCAGGGACUGGAAGCUCUACGAGAUCGAAGGAAUGCUGGUUUUGUUUGUCAAGUCCCAGUGUGGAGUCUCAUCUAAUCACUAGCAUUGGAGAAUAUUGUUAUUGUGCACUUGCUAAGGGGCCAUUAGUUCAAGACCAUGUACUGAUAAUACCAAUUGAGCAUGUUCCCAACACCCUUUCUCUACCACCAGAAUCGGAAAAAGAUUUGAAUAAACUCCAGAGCAGCCUUAAAGCUUACUUCAAGAGACAAGGGAAAGAAGCAGUUUUCUUCGAAUGGGUUUCUAAACGUGGGACCCACGCCAAUCUUCAGGUUGUUCCUAUUCCAUCAUACAGAGCAUCUUCCGUUGAAAAUAUUUUCAAUUUAGCUGCUAAGAAGUUGGGAUUCACAUUUACAACAAUUAAAAAUGAUAACAAUUCAGCGCGAAAAUUAGUGGGGAUGAAUCUCGAUAAAAAUCAGAGCUUAUUUUAUGUAGAAGUUCCUGGCGGUACAAUCCUGUCUCAUGGCGUUGAGGAAAAUGAAAAAUUUCCUUUUCAAUUUGGCCGUGAGGUUCUUGCUGGAUUAUUGAAUAUAGCCGAUAAAGCUGAUUGGAGGAACUGCCAGCUCAGAAAAGAUGAAGAAACGAAAAUGGCAGAUGAUUUUAAGAGUCAAUUUAAGGAGUAUGAUCCAAACAACUAAUACUUGCAAGUUCAGGUAGGGCCGAAUUAUCAGUCGGGAAGAUUUCUGGGUUCGGCUUCCAUUGCACAUAGUGACGACUAUGGUGGAAGUAUACGUACUAUUUCGUCCCUAAUAACCUGGAGUAUCAGUCAAAGGCAUUGUGUAUAUUGAUGAAUGUUGUACCAUGAGAAUGUGGUCAACAGAAGAUGCUCGUGUUCAGAAAUGAGUUCAUCCAUUAGUGGCUUGACCACACGUGUGGGUGCUGAUAUAAGGGAACUGAACCAAUAAACAUAGUUAAGGAAGAGAAGCUCUUUU